AUGCAGCCCACCUCUCGGACCAAGGUGACCAAGGGUAUAUUUGCGAGCCGAUCUCCUUGUCCGACGAACGGGGAAAGCUCGACCAAGUUACCGAGUUUUUUGGGCCUCACCGGGGACACGCCUACUGCAUAUUACCGACACUUAAUAAUCACCAAAGAGGAGGAGAAGGAGAAGAAGAAGGAGAAGAAGAAGAAGACAAAGAAGAAGGAGAAAAAUAAGGAGCAACAAGACAACAAGGAGUCGCGGUACGACCACGACCAAAAUCACAACCCCGGGCACGUUCACGUCAUGGUCCACGUCCAUGUCCACGAACACGAUCACGACCACGACCAUGACUACGACCACGGCCACAAUCACGAACGAAAACGAAGACGAAGACGAAGACGAAGACGAAGACCAAGACGAAGACGGAGACGAAGACCAAGACGAAGACGGAGACGAAGACCAAGACGAAGACGGAGACGAAGACCAAGACGAAGACGGAGACGAAGACCAAGACGAAGACGGAGACGAAGACCAAGACGAAGACGGAGACGAAGACCAAGACGAAGACGGAGACGAAGACCAAGACGAAGACGGAGACGAAGACCAAGACGAAGACGGAGACGAAGACCAAGACGAAGACGGAGACGAAGACCAAGACGAAGACGGAGACGAAGACCAAGACGAAGACGGAGACGAAGACCAAGACGAAGACGGAGACGAAGACCAAGACGAAGACGGAGACGAAGACCAAGACGAAGACGGAGACGAAGACCAAGACGAAGACGGAGACGAAGACCAAGACGAAGACGGAGACGAAGACCAAGACGAAGACGGAGACGAAGACCAAGACGAAGACGGAGACGAAGACCAAGACGGAGACGAAGACAAAGACGAAGACGGAGACGAAGACGGAGACGAAGACGAAGGCAAAGACGAAGACGAAGACGAAGGCGAACGAGCGAGCGAGUAGUUCGCGCGCCAGCAGAAGACGACGACGACGACAGCGACCAAACAGGAAAGAUGGAGAGGUAG